AUGGGCUCUGUCUACCGCGAUCGCGAUCGCUAUGACGAUUCUCGAACGACCGUCUCAUCCGCUCGCCGGGACGGCGGCUACACCACCGUAAAGCGCUAUGUUGUUAAAGAAGAAGAUACUCGGUCCUCGACCGGUCGUGAUCGUCGCUUUGUUCCGGAACGAGCAGGAGAACGUGUAGAGGAAACUCGCAUUGUUCGUCGUGAACGUGAGGUUGAAGAGCCCGUGCGCGAAUCGCGCCGGGACGACCCUCGAGUCUCCGAACGAGAACUAGUCAUUCGCCGUGAGCGGGAUGAUGAACCUCGAAGAGAGUAUUACGAUAGAGACUACUAUCAAGACAAUCGGCGCGACAAUGGUGCAGCCGAUAAAGAGAUUGUCAUCCGACGGACCACCGAUCGCGAAGAACCUCGUCAAAACGAUUCGAAUGUUGCACGAUACGACGACCGUGGACGGGAUGUGCGGAUUAGUGAGAGUCGUUACCGAGAUGGGUACGAGGUCCUUGCGCCACCCCGGGUCGACGACCGUGAUCUUCAGAAGUAUAUCCGCACUUCAGAAUAUUACAGUCCUGCACCUCAGCCACAGACAAUUAUCAUUCGACAGGAACCCAUCAUCAUUCGAGAACGCAUUCGAGACGAUGACUAUCAGAUUGUUCGCAAGUCGGACGUGGACGAUGAGCGAAGUGUUGUGCGUAGCCGCGAUCAACCCCGUGGCGAAGAGGAUUUCUUCUACGAGAAAAAGGUGCGAGAACGGCUUGAUGACCCGCGCCGCGAUGAUGAUGAUUAUUAUGAGCGCCGGAACCGACGAGGCCGUUCGGUGAGCCCGCAUGAUUCUGUCUCUCAACGAGGUGGCCGAGAUGACUACAGCAGUGACGACAGCAUGGUUUACGUCCGGAAGGAGGUCCGCGAAGACGACAGUCCCAGCCCGCACCGUCGUCGAGACCUCGCUGCCGGUGUUGCUGCAGGUGUCGCAGCUAAUGAGCUUCUGCGACGUCACAAGGAAAAGCAAGGACAGGAAACAUCGCACGGUAUUGGUCGCAUAGGACGUGACGUUGGUGCCGGUGCUCUGGGAGCUCUUGCAGCGGAGGGCAUUCGCCGAGCCAGAUCUGCGCAUCGAAGCAGAAGUCGGCGUCGUGGGAGGAGCCGUUCUGAAAGCUCGGGGCGUUCUCGCUCGCGCCGCAGCCGUUCCCGGUCCAAAUCGCCUUCAAAGCUGAAAGCUCUCGGAGUUGUCGGCCUGGGAGCGGCCGCGUUGGCCGCAGCCGCGACAAUUGCCUCCAAGCGCAUGCAAGGUGGCGGCAAUGACGAUGGUGACCGACGCAGUCGCUCAAGGCGUCGAUCUGACUCGGCCUCGAGCCUGGAAAACGACACUCGGGCACCAGGUGAUACCGCCCGUAACCCCAAUCACCGCAAGAAGAGAAUGGCCGAAGCUGGUGCCGCUGGUGCUAUAGUUGCAGGACUUAUUGAGCGUGCUAGAAGCAAGUCCCGAGCUAGAGACGGCAAAGAGCGUUCCCAGAGUCGCAUCAGACAGGCACUUCCCGUGGUUGCUGCCGGCAUUGGCAGUGCUGCCCUGGCUGGUCUCUACGAGAAGAACAAGGCGAAGAAAGAGGCGCAGGCAAUUUCCCAAAAUGAGCGCCGAGCCUCUUCACGGUCCAGGAGCAGAGGCAGAUCUGAUGCUUAUUACGAUGGUCCAAGUCAGGGUGCAGCCAGCGAUCCUGCAAUGCUCGGAGCUAUUGAGUAUGGCAACGGCCCAAUGCAUGGUAACAACUUCGGCCCCGACUAUUAUGGCCGGCCACCACCACAGGAGGGUUACUACGGAACUUCCAACGCCGUGGUUCCAGCUGCGACGGGAGCUGCAGCGGGUACGUAUGGUGCGCAGAGAGCGCGGAGUCGUAGUCGCAGUUUGAGCCGGGAACGUGGCGGCCGACGAUCGUCUCGCAGUUCUAGCUCAUCGCCAGAUCGCGGACAUAGUCGUCGUCGAUCACGAGAUGCUGGCAAAUCCGCGGCAGCUGCCGCAGGAGGCGCGGUUGCUGCUUCUGAGUAUGACAGACGCAAGCAGGAGAAACGUGAUCGUAAGGCACGGAAACGCCGCGAGGAACAAGGCUACGGCGCAGAUCCAUACGAGGAGAACUAUCCUCAAGCCCAACAAUAUUCCCCAACGCCACCACCAGCGACUGACCCGUACGCCACUCAACAAGGCUUCUACCCUCAAACGAGCCAGUUCCCGCCUCCGCCCGGAGCUGUACCACAACAGUACCCCUCUCAGAACCCAGCUCCAGGAGCAGCCAGUCCAUAUGCAACUCAGUCAUACCCUCCACCCCCACCACCUGGACCUCCACCAACUGGUGCCACAAACUAUGAUGCGUAUGCUUCUGGGGCAAAUCCUUAUGCUCCGCGUGGUCCUGAAAAUGUGAGUGCUGAGCCGAGUCCUGUGUUUGGCAAUCCUUUCACAUCUGCCGCUUCCAAUGACCAGCACCAUGUCCCAGAUGGUCUGAACGUGUCGCCUUCUGCCCCUCCUGCGCCGCCGAUCAUCAAUGUCCAACCACCUUCGACAAGUGGUACAAGAAGAUCCAGAACUCCUGACAUUGCUUCACCUUCCGUCAACGGAUAUGUCCCGCCGACAAAAACCAUUCACGAUUAUGUCUCAUUGCCCAAUAGGACAACAUCACCGACACGUUCACGAUCUCAGCCACCGUCAACAGGCCGCAAGAGCGUUCAAUUUGCCGCUGCCCCACAAGUUACAACGCUGGAAGACAAUCCGCCGGUGGAGUCCGAAGCUUCCAGUCCUGAAAGACAUCGCCACAGACACAAGAACUCUCAUUCUGGUGGCUAUGAAGCCGAAGAAGAUACGGACACAAUACCUGACGAAUCGCGCCGUCGAAUUCGCGAACAAUCUUCGCGGUCGAUCGAUCCGGAAGCUACGGAGCGCAAACACCGUCGCCGUCGCUCGCAUGAGCCGACGUCCUCUCGUGGCGAGCCAAGUAGUAGCUCGAAAGGACCUGAACUAGAAAGGGUUUCGAGUCCCAACGAUUCCGAUGCCACAAUUGAACUACCGUCGAGGUUUGAUGAGAAAGGUCGCAAGAGGACUGAUGCAGGUGAUGACCCAUUGGGUGGCAAGAUCGAGGACAUUUUGGCAGGCAAAGGAGCUGCAGGGAAGGUGUUUGGUAACUUUUUGGAUGGACUUUUUGGACCAGAUGAUCGGAGGAGGAAAGGGAGAUGAGGCGUUGUUGGGAUACGAAUGAAGCACGACAGGACGAGAUGACGGCAUUCUUGCAACGAAUUUCAUUGAUUUAUGACUUGGGUUGGCUUCUGGAUUGGAUCAUGGGAAGAUAUUCUAUGCUUUCUCCAGGAGGACCUGGCGGGAUUGAAGAUGCUAGAUGCCAGAUCUUACACGGUCAUAAGACAUGUCAAUGAUGCGGGUUGACCACGACAGGAUUAUGAAUGAAUGACCAGAUAUGAAUUCGAAUUGAGAGUUUACUUUACCUUUGACGACCGAUAUCAGGACAGAGGAUUUGUAUGUCCCGUCUGCCUUAAGUCUGAAUGUCUUUCAGCCUCGGCUACUGUAAUCUCCGCACACGAACCAUUUCCUCCAUACUGACUUCAA